CAAAGCUUGUGCCUUCCCUCGUGACACAUAGAAACUGAGAGUGAAGGACGGGCACCCCAUUCUUUCUCCUGCCUCACAUCGAGGACUCUCGUCUCCCCAAAGCAUGUCCAAAGAUCUCCAUCCAACCAUGGAUCCGACAAAGAUGGGCCUCGGACGGUCCAUCGCCGUGUUGACGUCAGGAGGAGAUGCCCAAGGUAUGAACGCUGCUGUGAGGGCUACGGUCAGAGUGGGUCUCUACACUGGAGCCAAAGUUUACUUUGUUCAUGAGGGCUACCAGGGCCUGGUGGAUGGAGGAGACAACAUUCGUCCUGCCACAUGGGAGAGUGUGUCCAUGAUGCUGCAGCUGGGCGGCACCGUCAUCGGCAGCGCUCGCUGCAAAGACUUCAGAACCAGGGAGGGCCGUACAAAGGCAGCCUGUAACCUAGUGAAGCUCGGGAUCACCAACCUGUGCGUGAUCGGAGGUGACGGCAGUCUGACUGGAGCCAACGAGUUUAGGACCGAGUGGAGCGGCCUUUUGACUGACCUGGUCCAAGCGGGUAAGAUUACAAAAGAAGAAGCCAAGAAAUCGUCCCACUUGAACAUUGUUGGCAUGGUCGGCUCCAUUGAUAAUGAUUUCUGUGGCACCGACAUGACCAUUGGCACUGACUCCGCCCUGCACCGCAUCAUCGAGGUGCUGGACGCCAUCACUACCACUGCACAGAGCCACCAGAGAACAUUCAUACUGGAAGUAAUGGGCCGACACUGUGGGUACCUGGCCCUGGUGACGGCUCUGGCCUGCAGUGCUGACUGGGUUUUCAUUCCUGAGAUGCCCCCAGAUGAAGGCUGGGAGGAUCACUUGUGCAGGAGGCUGACAGAUCAACGAGCCAGAGGCUGCCGUCUGAAUGUAAUUAUUGUGGCUGAGGGUGCAAACACCAGCGAUGGCAAACCGAUCACAUCUGAUCUGAUCAAAAAGCUGGUGACUGACAGGCUGGGCUUCGAUACCCGCACCACUGUUCUUGGACACGUGCAGCGAGGAGGAACACCCUCCGCCUUCGACAGAAUCCUGGGCAGCAGGAUGGGCGUGGAGGCGGUGAUGGCGCUGCUGGAGGCCACUCCAGAAACUCCUGCCUGUGUGGUCAGCCUGUCAGGGAACCAGGCAGUCCGGCUGCCCCUCAUGGAGUGUGUGCAAGUGACCAAAGACGUGACCGCUGCCAUGAAUCAGGGUAAAUUUGAAGAAGCCAUCAAGCUCAGAGGAACGAGCUUUGAGAAUACCUGGAACACGUACAAGCUGCUGGCUCACAUAAAUCCUCCUGAGGUCAAGAGCAACAUCAACAUGGCUGUUUUGAACGUCGGAGCUCCCUGCGCCGGGAUGAACGCUGCGGUUCGUGCAACAGUCAGGAUGGGGAUCAUCCAGGGUCACUCCAUGUUUGCUGUCCAUGAUGGUUUUGAUGGUCUGGCUCACGGGCAGAUUGAACCCAUCACCUGGAACACGGUGAGUGGCUGGACUGGAAAAGGAGGCUCAAUGUUGGGAACCAAGAGAACUCUUCCAGGAAAAAUGUUAGAGGAAGUUAGCCAGAGCUUAGCCAAGUUUAACAUCCAUGCUUUGGUGAUCAUUGGUGGAUUUGAGGGUUACGUUGGAGGUCUGGAGCUGGUUCAGGCCAGAGAGAAAUACGAGGAGAUGUGCAUUCCCAUGGUGGUCAUCCCUGCCACCGUCUCCAACAACGUUCCUGGCUCCGACUUCAGCAUCGGCACCGACACUGCUCUCAACACCAUUACCUCUACCUGCGACAGAAUCAAGCAGUCUGCAGCUGGGACAAAGCGCCGCGUCUUCAUCGUGGAGACAAUGGGAGGAUACUGCGGCUACUUGGCCACCAUGGCAGGUCUGGCUGCUGGGGCUGAUGCUGCCUACAUCUUUGAGGAGAAGUUCACAAUCAGAGAUCUGGAGGGAAACGUACAACAUCUCUUGGAGAAGAUGAAGACAACGGUGAAAAGAGGUUUGGUUCUCAGGAACGAAAACUGCAAUUCUAACUACAGCACCGACUUCAUCUUCAACCUGUACUCCGAGGAAGGCAGAGGAGUCUUCGACUGUCGUAAGAACGUCCUCGGACACAUGCAACAAGGUGGCACUCCGACACCCUUUGACAGAAACUUUGGGACAAAGAUGGGCGUCAAGUCUAUUCUGUGGCUGACUGAGAAGCUCAAGGAGUGUUACAGACAUGGUCGUAUCUUUGCAAACACACCGGACUCUGCCUGUGUGCUGGGCAUGAAGAAGAGGUCGCUCACCUUCCAGCCUUUGGUCGACCUGAAGGCAGAGACAGACUUUGAGCACCGAAUCCCGAAGACACAGUGGUGGCUGAAAAUCAGGCCCAUCAUGAAGAUUCUGGCCAAGUAUGACAUCAAACUGGACACGUCCGAACAUGCCGACAUGGAGCAUGUCAUCAACUUGAGGGUACCUGUCAAGAUGUAGCCUCAGCUGGAGCACACGAGCAAACAGAGGAGGUUUUUUCCUGUUUCUUGUCCUUAAUAAAAGAACUGC